UGGAAUUUUUCAAGGUUGUCAGUUGAGGCACAGUGAUUGUUUGAUUUGAUUCCAAGCUUGUCUUAAUUUGAGACUAUUUUCUUCAAAUAAUUAACUGUGUUAUCUGACAAAUGAUUUCUAAUAAGAUGGGAUACCCGCUGGCAGUUAUGUCUGGAUUUUGUGCAGCGUGCACUAGUCUAUAUGCCAAGUUAUUGAGCGAGGGGUACAUGUUAAACAAAUUGCUGGCGUGUUUUCCAGAUGCGAAUAAGAAUUUUCUCGUCGUUUUAAGCUACGGUGGUGCUGUUGUUCUGAAUGUCAUAAUGUGGCUGGCUCUUGUCACAGCACUUGGCAUUGGUCAAAGAGGUGUUGCGGUGUUGGCAACAAACACGCUGUCGAAUUUCGCGUUUUCAGCAGCUUUUGGCAGGUGUAUUUUCCAAGAAGAACUGACUGCGAAUUGGUUUGCUGGGAUGCUUUGCCUGAGCACUGGAAUUAUUUUUCUGGUUCGUGAAUAGUAACCUGCUGUCCAGUUCGAUGGUUAUGUAUUGACGACACCCUAUGUCUCAGAAUAGAAGUACAAGCAAACUUCGUGAAAAUUGUGUUUUCAGUACUUCUCAUUACAAUAGGUCUUUCCAUGGUUGCACAUUUUUAUUACUAAUGUUAACAUUAGUGGUGUUUCGUGUAUAAACAUAUCGCUGCUGUUUCGUAGCAGGAUUUCUCACGUGUACUUUCUUUAUGGUAUCACUUUCUGUAUCCCGAGUUAGAAAUUUUAUUCAUUCCAUCACGACAAAUGAUGUUGGAUAUUUCUUACUACCUUUCAGAAAACGUCCACUUUUUUAUUUUAUUUUACUGUCUUUACAAUGAGUUUAAAAUGAUUUUCAGAUGUAUUAAGUCACUGUUUUGCGGGUUUAUUUUUGAAUUUUUGAUAAGUAACAAAUACCCGUUGAAGUUGGUUCUCACAGCUUUCCAAAUUUUUUUGGACAUCAACUUAUUUCAAGAAACAUCUCGUCACUGAUAUGUAUAGUUUUUUUUAAAAUUCCUAUUUAUGUCUCAGAGGGUUUUUUAUCAUGUGCUGCUCAAGAAGUGGAUCUUUUUCGUUUACCAAAUUCUGUUGAUGUACAGCUACAACUUCAUAAAUAUUUUACUUUUGCCACAUUAAUUUGGCACCAAUCACCUGAGUGCCUAAGAAGUUUGCC